AUGAACGCCCCCCAAUUCGACCCGACCAUGAUCGGUCUAGGGAGAACAGAUGACAACUUCGACAUCUUCGAGUGGUACCCGCGCUAUCAGAGCUGUCAGCGGUACUUCCUCGACCACGCCCAGCACAGCGUCCCCGUCCAAGCGCUCUCCGCAUUCUUGAAUAUCCGCCUCCCCUUCCAGCGCCAACCCUCAAUCGUGAACGCCUCCUCCACCAUCCCGGGCACCCAGCCCGGGCCUCCCUCCGUCUCCCUCCUCCCUUACAUCCGCCGCCUCGUCGCAACCGGUAUGGACUUCCCAGGGGUGCUGCACGGCUUCUUCGGCGACGACUGGGGCAGCGGCGUGGGGCCCCUUCACGAACAGGAACGUCGCAACUACCUCUUCGCUGCGAAGAGCGGCGGCUGGGCCGCCGUCAAAAAGGACUACGAUAUGCCUCCGCUGGAGACCAUCCCCUUCCUGCGGCCCUUGCAGGGGCCCCUCGAUGCGGAGAUCGAAGCUGCCGAACGCAGAUGGAGUGAGUGGCUCGCCAUGGAGGAUUGGAUGGUCGGCCCCCGGGCGCCAGAUAUCCUCCAGGACUCCUCGUCGCAGAGUUCCCGGCCGCGCAGUGCGCGCGGUUAA